UAACACAUUGAUGUACAUUUGGAUAAACAGCUAAGUACAUAUUUACCAGGGCAUUUUUAUAAUUAUAUGUUGUGCUAUUUCUUUAUAAGAUCUUUGGAUUUACAGGUUAAUUCAAAUCUUGGUUUGUAGGCUAAGUGAAAAUUAUGGUGUCAUUGGCUGUUUAACCAUUUGGCAACUAGAGUCGCCGGGAGUCGCCUCUACCGGUAGACAACUAGAGUCGCCGGGAGUCGCCGAUUUUAGGUUGUUUCGUUACCGGCGCUAUUUCGAGUUUUUAAUAAUUGAUUUUAUACCUUUUCUAACUCUGACAUUAGAGAGCGAUAACAGUGCUAUUUUUACAUGCUUAUUUGAUGAUACUAGCUUAAACGAUCGACUUUUUGUGAAUUUUUGAAAAUUGUCUUUUUUUUUUUGCCAUCGGGCGAAAAUGGAAGAUAUUUUGAGUAUGUUUAGAGACUAUACUGGAUACGAUUACGAAGGUAAUACACAAGUUUUAGAUCUAGAACCUGAAAAUAAUGAUAGGGAAAGUGAUAUUGACAUUUCAUUGGAGCCAUUUGGGUCCGAUUCUAGUGAUAGUGAAGAUGAAACUAGCCUAGAUCUAGUAGAUCUAAACAAUGACAGUGGAGAUUGGAGUGCUACUACUACUGAUGUUGUGGUAGAGAAUUUUACUGAAAUAUGUGGACCUACACAUGAUCUACCAUAUGAUGCUACUCCUUUUGAUUAUUUUAGCCUUCUAAUACCUGAAAACUUUUAUGAGCAUAUAGCUUAGCAAACUAACUUAUAUGCCAAUUAUCGUCAACAAAAAGAAGGCAAAGUCGACAGAGCAUGGCAGCCUACAACUGCUUCAGAAAUCAAGCUGCUGUUUCAUAUCUACAUUACUAUGGGUAUUCAUGUUUUACCUGAAUACAAAAUGUACUGGGCAUCAGAUGAACGCCUGAGAGUUGAUGGGGUGGCUGGUUCUAUGGGAAAGACAAGAUUUGAAAAACUAUCCCAGUAUUUUCACCUCAACGAUGCAACAACAUUUGUACCUCGAGGUCACCCUGGCCAUGAUCCCCUACACAAAGUCAGACCUUUUUUAGACCUAAUUAGGACUAAUAUUGCUACAAGAUUUGCUGCUGGCAAAAAUAUUAGCCUAGAUGAGGCAAUGAUACCUUUCAAUGGGAGACUCAUGUGGAAGCAGUACAUCAAAGGAAAACCUAACCCUUGGGGCAUCAAGGUCUGGUGCGCAACAGAUGCAUCUACGGGGUAUCUGUUGAAUUUCAGUAUUUAUACUAAAGUUGAGGAUCCUAUGCCUCAUGGAACUGGACAUUAUAUAGUUACUCAAUUAGGUGAAAGGUUUUUAGGAAAGAGACAUCAUUUCUUCUUUGACAAUUAUUUUAGCUCAGUUCAGUUAGCAGAGGACCUUUUGCGUCAGCAAACCUAUUGCUGUUCAACAAUAAGACCUAACAGAAAAGGUUGGCCUCUUGAUCUCAAACCCAAGGCAUUAAAAAAAUUUAAAAAGGGUGACGUCAUGGUUAGGCAGAAAGGGAAUCUCGUUGCUACAGCCUGGAAGGAUAAACGUUGUGUCACUCUAUUGAGUACCAACACCACUUCAGGUACCGCUGAAAUUACUCGCCGAGGACCAGGUGGCAACUUUCAAGUGAAAGUCCCAUCUGCUGUUAAUACCUACAACAAAUAAAUGGGAGGUGUUGACAGAUUUGAUCAGCUCUCAUCCUACUAUCCAGUAGGAAGGAAAUCUGUCAAAUGGUGGAGAUACAUUUUUCGAUUUCUCCUCCAGACUGCUGUCAUCAACAGCUGGAUCAUUUAUGCUACCUCUCACAGGCCCAGACCCAAAAGCCUAUCACUAGGACAUCUAGAGUUUCGGCUUGAGAUAAGCACAGCCCUUCUAAGGGAAACAUUGUUCGUAAAAGGAAGCAAAGUGAUCUCCAACCAUCAACUCAAGGAGUUGGCAUGAGUGAUCUUCUUGAGCAUAGGCUGAUUCGAAUGGUGGGAAACAAACGUGCCUGCCAUUGGUGUAUGAAGAACAAACAAUUUGGAAAAAGAAACAGAGCACAUGAAACUGUUUAUGGAUGUAAUCUCUGUCAAAUAAGACUCUGUAAAGGAGAAUGUUUCUCUAAAUUUCAUAACUCACUGACACUUCCAAGUCAUGUUUAACGUCAAGUGCUCCAUAAACAUUUUUUUUUGUUGUACUUUUGUCUUAUAUUGGCAUUAUUUUUGGUUUAUAUUAAACUUUAUCCAUUUGUCUUUAAUCUUUCAAAAUUUGACUUAAUUUGCUUCAUUAGUUUUUUUUUCUGUGAAUUUUUAAAAAACAUAUGUUGUCAAAAAUACGGAGUUAUGCCCCUUUUGUUAGGGAUGGGACAGUUAUUGGUAGGCAACUGCAUAGUGAUGAAAGGGUUAA